CUCAGUAGGGUGGCAGCCGCCGCCGAGAGUGGAGGUAGAGUGUUGCUCUCUCGUCCUUAGCCACUUAGAUAAUGUAGCUUGCAGGAAUGCUGUGAAGUGCCUUUCGCAUUAACAGACGAAGAAAUAAAAGGUAUCUAGAUGAGAGAGACUGAAAUAGAACUCAGACAAAAGGAGAGACGGGAGGAAAUGUAAAGAAAAAGGAAGUGAAAUGAAAAAAGAUAGAUAAGAGAAGAAUCAAAGAAAAAAAAAACAAAGACGAAAAUAAAACAGUAGUUAUUUAUAUGAGAGAGACUGAAAUAGAACUUAUUAUUACGACUAAAGGAAAAACGGAAAAAGGAAAGAUAGAUGAAGAAUUAAGGAAAAAAGACGAAGAAAAACAUUAAGUAAUUUAGAAAUGCAAAAAAAGGAAAUGAAAAAGGGAAGAUAGAUAAGAGAAGAAUUAAGGAAAAAAAGACACGAUCGAAAGUAAGACAAAAAAUAUUUAGACGAGAGAGACUAAUAUAGACCUCAAACAAAAAGAGAGAAGGGUGAAAAUGUAAAGAAAAAUAAAGUGAGAUAAAGAAUGAAUGAUAGACAAGGGAGGAAAUAAGAAAAAAAAAGAGCUCAGGUUGAUAAAUAAAAUAAAGUCAAUUUAAGUAAAGAAAAAAAUAUGUAUACAAAUAAUUUUAAAUAAGAAAAUAUGAAAACGAGAAAUACAUUGAUAAAAUAAACUAGAAGGAUAACAAAUAUACGAAGAAAACAAAGAAAGAGUGUGAAAGGAAAGAAAACUGAAGGUUAAAAGUUAAAGAAAGUUAGAUAAAAAGGAGAAAGAGAGAGAGAAAGAGAAAGGCAGAGGAGAGAAAAGUGCUGGACGCGUUUCUUGAUAAUUUGGAAAGAAAGAAAGAUGAAAAAGAAACAAAACAUUAUAAACCUAAUAGUGUUUGUGUAUUCGUGUGUUCGUGUGUGCAUGUGUGAGUGAGAAAAUCUAACUUUUUCCUCUCUCUCGAUAAGAAAAAGAGCGACGAAAUAAGAAAAACGAAAAACGAGAGAAAAACAACCGAAAGAUAGAACAAAGGAAAAGAAAGAUAUUAGGAAAGAAGAGAGAAAGAGAGAAAAAAAGAAAGGAAAAAUAGGAGAUACACGAACAGAGGUGAGAAAAACACGUGACGAAAAACAGAAACACAACAAAAAGAGACAGAACAACAAAAGUGAACACAAAAUAAAAAUAAGAUGACCAGAUAAACAACAACAAAAGGGGAAACACAAAAGAAAGAGAGGAACAGAGGAAUAAGAAGAAGCGGGAGACAGAAAUUAACAAAGACAAGAGAAAGAAAAAAUAAAAGAGAAAGGAAAGAAAGCAACAGUAGAACAGAAAAAAAGAAGAAGAAGCGUUAUCUGUUUUUCUUUCUCUCUCCCUCCCCUCUUUAUAAUUUAUCUUACCUUCAUUAACUCCGUAAUUUGUUCUUCCUUCUCUUAUUCGCUCCUUCUCUAUUAUUUAACUUUUAUUCGUCUUCAUUUCGUCUUCUUUUUUGCUGUCCUGGUUCCUUUCCCUUGCAUCUUUUUAUCACUGUCUCGUGUCUGUUUGCAUCCCUCCACCUCCUCCACCUCCUCCUUGGGUUAGCAUGCUUCUCUACCAUGUACUCUCUCGCUCACUGUGUACACGCCCCAGUCAAACACACACACACACACACACACACACACACACACACACACACACUGAAUGAAUCAUAAGCGCCAGGCAGGUUCUAAGCACAAUAUUUACGUGGUUGGGUCGAUGUUAACAGCUCACAUUCAUUACCUUGAUUGAAAUACUGAUAAAGGUGUGAGGCUUAAAAACAUUAGCUGUGUUUUACGUGUAGAAACUUGCAGGCUUUGAAGAGAGGAAUAGAUACUUCAUACAUGUAAUUGAAGUGUCCUUUCGUACGUCUUUGAAAUGUUGAUAAAGGCUGUGAGUCUUUGAUAUAUGACCUUGUUCUGGUAAAGCUUGUAAAAGAGGAAAGUAAUGUCAGUGUAAAAUCGCUUUCAUGUUAGGUUCUCAUUUGAUUUUUCCCCGUGUUUUGCUUUAUUUUUGCGUCAUGUGUUAGCAGUUGCGUUCACUGUUGAAGAAAUAUUGACUGAAAGCUGAGUUAAAACGGAAAUUAGGACGAAAAAGUUAAAAAGACACUUAUUAUUAAUCAUAACCUCAAUUUUUUACCAUUUCCAAACAUUUCACAAGACUAAACCACAAAAAGAAAGAAUCCAAGUACGAAGGAAAAAUAAAAAUAUAAAGAAAUAAUGAACAAAACAUCUUGAAACAUUCCUUAAUCCUUGAUUUCCUCAAGGUGGUUAAGUAAGAUUAGCAAAUAUGAGAGAAACAUGUAAUGCGACCACUGUGUGUCCGCCCCUGCAUGUGUGGUGAACUGCGUGUCUUAACCUAGCGAGUGAGCCUUUCCUGCCCCCUCUGUCCCUCUCCUCCUCCCUCCCUCCCUCCCUCUCUCUCCCUUUCCAUCUAUCGUGUACACCAAAGCGGCUUGUCACGCACGGUACACACGCACGAACACACACGCACUCUAGGACAAGGGAACUGGCACACACAGACAAACACACAUACAUACAUACGCACGCACGGUUGCAUACUUUCACGCUAAGAAUAUAAGUGUUUUUUUGUGGGUUUGGUUUUAGAUAAAGGGUGAAAAGUGAGUUUACUGAAAAAAUAAAGGAAAUUGCGCGGGAUAUUUUACAAAACGUGAAGUGAAUUAGAUUAGCUUCGUUUGUUGAGGCUGCUUACUUGUUUAUGUGUUAUUUGUUUACUUUCUUGAUUUGGUGUUUAUUUGUUUUGUUUGGUGAGUAAAAAGGUGAAGGGUUAGGCGCAUAUCACACACACACACACACACACACACACACACACACACACACACUCUAUCUCUCUCUCUCUCUCUCUUUGAUAUAUAGCUUUCCGAACUUCAUAUUAAUCUUCCUUUCCUCAUCCUCUAUCUUCUCUUCCUCCUCUCUUCCUCCCUUUACUCCUUGUUCCUCUUCAUAUAUCUUGCCUCCUCCUCUUCCUCUUCCUCCUCUUCCAUUUGUCAUGUUUAUUGUUCCCUAGUUCGUCUUUGCCCUUUCCUUUCACUUCUGUUCCUCUUGUCGCUUAUUCAUCUUUCCCUCUUUCCUCUUUAGUUUCCUCUUGUGUCCCUUUGAUCUUUCUCUUUUCACGUACUUGGCUUAUUUCCUUUCUCUUUCCUCUUUUAGCUUUGCCUCUUCUUCUUCUUAUCAUCUUAUCUCUUGUCUCUCAGUUUGUCUUAUUCUAUCAUUCCCUCUUGAUUUUCUUUAAUUAUUCUGUAAUUCUCCUUUUAAUUUAUUCCAAUACCCUGAAAUUUGAUCUAAUCUCAUAUGCAUUCUAAUUAAAUCCUUUUCAUUUUCUCUUUCCUUCUAUAAAUUUUACUCCAUCAAACCUUCAUUAACCUUCUUAACAUUUUAUCUUUAAUUUCUCUUAUCAUCUGUCUAGUUGUGUCUCAUUUCCUCUUGUUCCUGGUGAUUUUCCCUCGUGUUCUUCUUGAUUUCCCCUUCUUCGCGAAAUUCUUCCUCUUCUUGAUAACGUUACUCAAUUUCUUAAUCUCGAAAAACUCCUUCUUGUCUCACUUGAAAUGUUUCCCCAUCCUGCUUUCCUUUUAGUGUCCUCUCGUUCCUCUUGAAGUUAUUGUUCCCCGUGCGUGUUCCCCUGACCGCCAACAUGUCUUUGAGGUUCCACGUGAGACACUUCAGCCGUGUGCCGCAGGGAGGAGAGAAGGUGGCCAAGGUUACGUUCAGAGGUGUGUCGCAGUUCACACGCGUCGCUGAGGAUUGUGGGGAGGACGCUGUGUUCGAUGAGGUGCUGGUAUGGCCCGUGGGGAGCUGUGUGGAGCCCGGGGAAGAGGUCCAGGUACAGUUGCAGGUGGUGAGCAAGUACUUUAGCAACAAGGUAGUGGCCAGCUAUGCCCUGGUGCUGCAGAGGCUGGUCGGGGAAGGAGCGCUGGCCAUCACGGAUCACAUGACAGAUGCUAACAAUAAGCUGGUGCAGACUCUCAUCUCCUUCGAGGCUCGCUACAUCCCUCCUCCAGGCAGCGCGGGAGGAAGCAGACGGCGGAGUAGAGCCCGAAGCUUCAAUGCCGGAAGAAACGACCCUGAGGAAGCUGGAGGAGGAGGAGGAGGAGGUGUGGAAUUAGUAGGAGGAGGAGGAGGGUUCUGGGAUGGUUACGGAGACGAUGUGGAUACUGGAGAAGACGAUAAACAGAUGCUCUUGAAUGUGGAGCAAAAUAUAGCAAAUCUAGAACGGAAUAUUCUUCAGGACACCAUGGCUUCCUCCUUCAUGCGUCCCUCAGGCAGCAGGAGGAGCAAGGAAGCCUCCCCAGAGACGCCCAAGAAAAGCCGAGGUUUCGUGGGCAUGAAGGCGGUUCGCUCACUGGUUCGUCUUGGGCGGCAGCGGUCAAGAGGCGGCGGAACGAGCGGGGAUGAGGAGGAACCUUGUUUGAAGCCUGGCAGAGAGGAGCUACCCCCGAGCCGCCCUCCAUCUGCCUGCUCCUCCAACCAGUCUGACAACGAGUCCACCUGCUCCACUCCGGUGACUGCCAGGGCUAAAAAACACAAAUCUGAGGCGGUCACUUCUACACCUGCAGAAUUGAAGGCUCAAGAUUUCCAGGUGUGCAUCACGAUCAUAGAGGCGCGGCAGCUGGCUGGGCUCAACAUGGAUCCUGUGGUGUGCGUGCAGAUCGGAGAGCAGAGGAAGUAUACGUCGGUUAAGGAAUCUACUAACUGCCCCUACUACAAUGAGUAUUUUGUAUUCGACUUCCACAUGGCUCCUGCAAUGCUGUUUGACAAGAUCAUCACCCUGACGGUGCUUCACUCCAAGACCUUCUUCUAUAAGGGCGAGGUGAUUGGGACCUUCAAGAUGGACGUGGCCACUCUCUUCCGCGCCCCUGAGCACCAGUUUUACCACAAGUGGGCGCUACUGACGGACCCUGAUGAUGUGACAGGAGGGCCGAAGGGGUACCUCAAGUGUGACAUCUGCGUGGUGGGCAAGGGAGACGCUAUCAAGCCUCCCCUCAGGAACGAGAAGGACGAGGACGACAUUGAGGGCGCCGAUCCGGAGGGGAACCUGCUCCUUCCUGACGGAGUGCCUGCAGAAAGACAGAGGGCAAAGUUUAUCGUCAGGAUCUACAGAGCUGACGGACUGCCCAAGAUUAACUCCUCCAUUAUGGCUAACGUGAAGAAGGCGUUUACUGGGGACUCUAAGGACCUGGUGGAUCCCUACGUACAAGUUUCCUUCGCUGGACUUUCGGGACGCACCACUGUCAAGAAGAACACGUCCUGCCCUGUGUGGAACGAGCAGGUUGUCUUCACUGAGAUGUUUCCUCCUCUGUGCCAGCGAGUCAAGAUUCAGAUCCGUGACAACGAUGCGGUGAAUGAUACUGUGAUAGGCACGCACUUCCUCGACCUCACUACUAUAUCCAAUGAUGGCGAGAAAGGUGCGUUUGGCUUCCUCCCGACAUUUGGCCCUGCCUUCGUCUACCUCUAUGGGUCUACAAGGGGUGGCUCUGUCAUGGAUGAGCACGCAGCCCUCAAUGCUGGCCUGGGGGAAGGGAUCGCCUACCGUGGCCGUGUCCUUUUGGCUCUCCGCUGCCAGAUAACAGACCAGCUUGAUGUGGCCCCGUCAGAAGUGGAGGUGGAGAACACACUACCAAUACAGGAGGGCAACUAUGGCAAGAGUGAGGACUUCCUGCUCUUCUCACUGGUGCAGGAAGCAACCAUGGUGGACAAGAAGGUCAGUGACAAGCCUGUGACCUUUGAGUUGUCUGUGGGCAAUGCUGGGAACUCCCUGGAUGGCUGGUCAAAUGCAAGACCUGCCAGUGAUGAUGAGGAGAGCGAUGUUGAGUCUGGUCCAGAGUCCAUCACAGCUGACACCACCACCUGGCACUCCAUGACGCCGCCAGCCAAGCCCAUGACCAACGACAAGCUGUACUACUUCCUGCCAUUCUGGGAUGAUAAGCCAUGUCUCUACGUGCGCACUCCCUUCCAGGACCACCGCCGCCGCCUCUACAAUGCCAACAUUAUUGAUGGACUUGCCGUGAAAUUGGAGGAGGGGCUGGUAGAAGUGCUGUCCUUGCUGGAGGAGGAAGAUGGGAGUGCUGAGCGACGUCUGAAGGAGGUGCUGGAGGAGUUGGUGGCCGGCUGCUCCAAUUACCUCAGUGUGACACGUGGCGCCACCGCCACCCCAGGCAGGACCAAGCUGGACAAGGAGAGAUUGAGGCUGUGCCAGAGGGAGAUUGACCACCUUGGCAGUUCAGCGCGGCACACCAAGGCUCUGGUCACCCGCCACAGCCUGAGGGAGCGCUACAAGACCUCACACACCUACCUGGCCAAGCUGAAGGCACUAUGUGAAGAUCCCCAGCAUAGCCUGCCUGAUGUGUUUCUGUGGAUGGUGAGUGGUGGCAAGAGAGUCUAUCAGAGGAUCCCAGCCAGACACCUUCUCUACUCCGCCAUUCCAGAAGAGAAGGGAAAGUAUUGUGGCAUCUCCCAAACACUCUUCCUCAAGCUGCCGGGCCGCAAGUCGAGUGGUGCAGGUGGCUGGGCGAUCCAGGCCAAACUGCGGGUGUACAUGUGGUUUGGGUUGAUGAAGCAGAAGAAGAACAUGGUGCCUGACAUUCCCAAGGGCUACGAGAUGUGCUAUGAGCUGCGUAAUAUUGAGAGGAGCCUCACUCUGCCACCUGUCUCCCUCCACUACACACAGAAGCAGACCUUCCAGCUAAGGGCACACAUGUACCAAGCACGCUCCCUCAUUGGUUCAGACUCAUCAGGGCUGUCCGACCCCUUUGCACGGGUCAUCAUGGGGGAGCACAGCAGGGUCACUCAGGUGAUAGACGAGACACUGAGCCCCACUUGGGAUGAGAUGCUGGUGCUGGAUGACAUCCUGGUGUAUGGCUCCAAGGACGAGAUCAAGGACAAGCCACCCCUGGUUGUCAUUGAGAUAUUUGACCAGGAUAAUGUGGGGAAGUCUGAGUUCAUUGGAAGAGCGCUGGCCCGCCCUCACAUCAAGCUGCGUGAGGAUCCCUAUGAGCGGCCGCACCUGGAAUGGCAUGACCUAUUCCGUGGCACAGACCAUGCUGGGGAACUCCUGGCCACCUUUGAGCUCCUGCAGUUCCCAGACUCAGAGGAGUAUGGGGAUGUUGUUCCAAUACCCCAGGCCAAGGAGUUCUAUGGAGGAGAUGCUGGGCCCAUCCUGCCAGUCCCCAGGGGCAUUAGACCCACCCUAGCCAAAUACAGGCUGGAGGUACUCUUCUGGGGACUCCGAGACCUCAAGCGAAUCCACCUCCUGACAGUGGACCGGCCCCGAGUGGAUGUGGAGGUGGCGGGGCACAUCAUCCAGUCAGCCGUCCUUACAUCCGCCCGAAAGAACCCAAACUUUACCAACCCUGUGAAAUACAUUGACCUGGAGUUGCCAGAGCAGGAUCUGUACUGCCCUCCCAUCACCAUCCGUGUGGUGGACUGCCGUAGUUUUGGCCGCUUCACUUUGGUGGGAACUCACAUCAUCUCCAACCUGCACCGCUAUAUGUGGACGCCGGUGACCAAGAGAGACAGAGAGGCAGCAAUGAAGAACUCCCUGGCCAAUCAGCAGAACGAGAGCGGUGGUGGUGGCAAUGGUGUGGGGGCCUUGCAGCUCCAGCACAACAACAACCUGGUGCCCAACAAUGUCCACGGAGGGCAUGGUGUGGGCCAUGGGGGAGGAGGAGUGGGAGGCCGAGGGGGAGGAGGUGGAGGGGGAGCAGCUUACAUCAGGAGGGAUACAGAAAGUUGUCCUCUCCUGCAGAAGGACACCAUCAUCACCAUCGACUAUGUGGGUGUAGGACCAGAUCUUCCCAUGGGUUCAGGGGCUGUGUCUAAGCUUGUCCCUAUAACCAAGAAGGAGAAGGCAGAGGCUAAUAAGAGGCGGAAGCAAAGCAUGGAGCUGGAGGAGGAAGACGAGGAAAACAGGGACUGGUGGACCAAGUACUUUGCCUCCCUAGAAGCUGUGGCCUUGCAGCAGCAACAACACCUACUGGGUGACAGGGUGGAUGGUGGGGAUGGUGGGGAGCAGCAGGGACAGAACCAGCAGGCUGGACAGCAGGACGGGUAUGUGGUGGACCGCAGGAAACAUGGUACCUUCCGAGCCACCUCCACUGCUGCCAAACUUGCUGCCAGACUGAGUCCCAAGGCACAGAGGAGGAAACAGAAGCCCAACAUUGCCACUGUGAAGGUGAUCCCGGGAGAGCUGGAGACAGAGUUUGGUGGCUUCCGGGAGUGGCUGCACACCUUUCACCUUUACCGGGGCAAGAAGACUGGAGAUGACCUGGAGGAUGAGGGCCGAGUGGUGGGCAAGUUCAAGGGCUCCCUUAAGCUGUACCGCUGGCCUCUCCCCAAGGACAUUGAUGACACAACUAUCACUGGUGGUGACCCUCAGUACGGCUUCUUCCAGGGGCUGCCCUCCAAUGACCCAAUACAUGUGCUGGUGAGGGUGUAUGUGAUCCGAGCGUGUGACCUGCACCCCAUGGACCUCAAUGGGAAGGCUGACCCAUACAUUGUGGUGCAGCUCGGAGGGAAGAAGGUGUCAGAUAAGGAGAACUAUAUAUCUAAGCAGCUUAAUCCAGUGUUUGGCAAGUGCUUUGAGGUGGAGGCAACCUUCCCACAGGACUCCAUGCUGACAGUGCAGGUGCUGGACUGGGACCUGGUGGGCUCUGAUGACAUGAUCGGGGAAACAAAAAUUGACCUGGAGAACCGAUUCUACUCCCGCCACAGAGCCACCUGCGGCCUCCCCAGCAGAUAUGAGACGACUGGGUACAAUCAGUGGCGAGACCCCAUGAAGCCAACACAAAUCCUGGCGCGGCUGUGCAAGGAGGGGCGACUGGAGGGUCCCCACUAUGGCCCUGGCAAGGUGAGGGUCGGCACCAAGACCUUCACUGUCCAGCACGAAGAUGAACACGACCCAAACAGAGCAAAGUUUCUCGCAGUGAGUGAGGAGCAGCUGGCACUGGCCGUCCUGCAUCGGUGGGAGGAGGUGCCAAAGGUUGGGUGCCGCCUGGUGCCAGAGCAUAUUGAAACUCGCCCUCUCUACAACCUAGACAAGCCUGGCAUUGAGCAGGGCAAGCUGGAGAUGUGGGUGGACAUGUUUCCGAUGGACAUGCCGCUGCCUGGGCCACUUGACGUGACGCCCCGCAAGCCCAAGAGUUACGAGCUGCGCAUCAUUAUCUGGAACACUGAUGACGUGGUGCUGGAGGAUGAUGCCUUCUUCACCGGGGAGAAGAUGUCUGAUAUCUACGUGAAGGGGUGGCUUAAGGGGCCUGAGGACACCCAGUGCACUGACAUCCACUACCGCUCUCUCACCGGGGAGGGGAACUUCAACUGGAGGUUUGUGUUUCCCUUUGAGUACCUGGUGGCGGAGGAGAAGAUCGUCAUCAGUCGCAAGGAGUCACUCUUCUCCUGGGAUGAGACGGAAUGCAAGAUUCCAGCCAGGCUGGAGCUGCAGGUGUGGGACGCUGACCACUUCUCUGCGGAUGACUUCCUGGGAGCAAUCACGCUGGACCUGAACCGGUUCCCCCGCGGGGCCAAGAGCUCCAAGCUGUGCACCCUCAACAUGUUGAAGACAGACGGCUCGGUGCCCAUGGUCAACAUUUUCAAGCAGCGGCGAGUCAAAGGCUGGUGGCCUUUCUAUAUCAAGAAGGAGAAUGAGGAGAUGGAGCUGACGGGGAAAGUGGAAGCAGAGAUUCACCUGCUAACCAAGGAGGAGGCGGAGAAGAAUCCAGCUGGCCUCGGACGCAAUGAACCUGACCCUCUGGAGAAACCUAACCGACCAGAUGCCUCCUUCAUGUGGUUCCUCAAUCCACUGAAGAGCAUCCGUUACAUCAUUUGGCAUAAUUACAAGUGGGCCAUUCUGAAGCUACUUGCCUUCCUCGCUCUCACCAUCUUCUUUGUCCUCUUCUUCUAUUCUGUGCCUGGCUUCACUGUCAAGAAGAUCCUUGGCGCAUAACACAGCAGGAGGAGGAACAGGAGGAGCAGAGAGUGUUGGAGAGGUAAAAGUAAUAGCAAGAGGGGAAAAGAAGUGAUGAAUGUUAGAAAUAGAAGAAAAAGGAGAGAAAUUGAUAAAACAAUGAGGAGGAGAAGGAGGAGAGGAUAGACAAAAAUAAGUAGAGAAGUAGAAAAAUGAACAUUAAGAAUAGAAGUACCUAAUAGGAAAGAAAGUGACAAUAAGAUGAGGAGGAGGAGGAGAUAGAUAGAAAUAAAUAGAGAAGUAGAAAAAAGAUGAACAUCAGAGGGAGAAAAUAUAAGUAAUAAAGUUGGAGGAGAAGGAAAGGAUAAGUAAUAAAGUUGGAGGAGAAGGAAAGGAUACAGACAAGAAUAAAUGCAGGAGUAGAAAUAGAAGUGAUGAACACUACGAGAAGAGAGAGCUAGAGAGAUGAUGGAUGAAAAUGGCAGAAAGAGAAGAAUGAUGAGACUAAAAAGAUGAGAAUGAUGAGACUGUGUGAUAAAUAAAAAAGAAAAGAAGUGGGUGAUAAUAAAAGUGAUCAUGAGAGUUGGAAGAAGAGUGGUAAAGAAAGACUGAAAAUGGAAUGAAGGACCGACAAAACACUGACGGGAGGAGAAUGUGAUGAUGAAAACAACAGCAACAGACUGUGAUCAGUAUAGAGUAGAGUGAAAUGAGAAUGGAAAGUCGAUAAAAAGAAAGACAUAUAAAUAAGAAGAGAUAUAUGAAAGAACUUAUCAAAAAGAAAAAGGGAAAAAAAGUAUACUGAAAGAAGGAAAACAAGAAGAAAUAUGAAUAUGAUUAGAAACUCAUAUUAAAGAACAGAUAAAAAAAAAAAAACCACUAGAAAUAAGUUAUAAGUGGAAAGAAAAGGGAGUGUAAUGUAGAGAGAGGAUUAUAACAAAGCUAGUACAUAUCUCACCAUUACUAGGUCAUAUAAUUUCAGUAACUAGCAAUUCCACAAAAUAUAGCGUGCUAGUAUUAUUGGCAUGUAAGUUGGUAUUGCUUGGCUAAGGUUACUACUAGCUACUGUCCAUGGGAACUUAAAAGAUUGCUAGCUGGUUUCUGCUGGCAAGAAGACUGCUGGCUAUACUUUCUGUUAGCUGAAAAUUCUCUCUUUAUACUUUACAACUGACUGUGUGAUUUCCAACUUAGUAUUUAAAUUAAUUAUAAAAAAAGUAUACCUACACAUUUCCAAUUUUUAAGGCUUCACAUACUAUGCACAAAUAAUUAAGGAAAUUGUCACAAAACAUUCUCUCUCCUGCACUUAAUUACAUACAACACACUCCUGUUCUUGUUAUAGCCUCUCUUACUCCUGUGCAAGCUGUGUAUGGAACCAAAAUGAUAAAUUGAUUACUAUCGUAUGUGAUAAUAAACCCAGUAUCUUAAGAUCUUAAGGUAGUGAGUGUACAGUAUAAACUUUUUAAUCACACAGUAAUCUACAUUAGCCUCAUUAUAUAGUAACUUAACAAUUGCAAGAAAGUAUUCCAUUUAACUAUUUAUAUGAUAUUUUACACACUAAGGAAUUUUAAUCAUAUCCUAUGUAUAUAUUUAUAUAUAUAUAGGUAUACUAUUAUUAUACACACAACUAUACACACAUAUAUUGAAAGGGUAAAAUUAAUAUGUAUAGGUAAUUAAUUUGUUAUAUGUAUACAGUGGCUGAGCAAUGUUAUAUAUACUGUAUGAGUUACUGUAUAUCUCAGCUUAUACGGCAACAUUUUCAGUCCAUUAAAAGUCUUAAAGUUAA